AUGUACAAGUAUCUCCUACUUGUACUAGCAUCACUGCUAGUACUAUCCCAAGUCGAAGCCAGAAAGCCAAAGGAUCAGAUACGCCAAUGUAAAUGCUCAGAGUUAGAUGAAUGCCGAGAAAGGAGUAUGGAGCCAUUGUUGAAGUGUCAAGAAAAGUGUAUUAAGGGCUUGAAGAACGAUGAUUGGGACAAAGAAGAGGGCCAAAAGUGCUUGAUGAACAAAAAAGUCACUGAACAUGACAAGUGCUUGAAGGAGGCAAUGGUCAAAACGUAAGAUAAUGCUGUUUCUGUCAAUUGUAACGAAAGUUCUUGCCAAUUUAUGUUUUGUAAAGAAAGUUCUUGCCAUUUUAGGUUUUGUAAAAAAAGUUCUUGCCAUUUCUUGGUUUGUAAAGAAAGUUUUUGCCAUUUUAGUUCAGUUAUUAAUAAAAAUGACAUAUCUAAAAAACGUUUGAUCGUAUAAAAUGUACAUUGCAAUCUGCGCUUUUACUAAACGUUAAGAACGUAAAAAAUCGGUAAAAACUUUCUUUACAAAUACGAAAACCAUAAAUUUGAAAAGUUUUGAAUGAGAUUUUUGACAUUUUGUUAAAAAGCCUAUAAAUUUUGUGGAGUUUCGUCAACGUUUUGAAAUUAAUACCACAAAUAUUUCUACAAAACAAAAAUGGCAAGAACUUUCUUUAAAAACAAAAAAAUGAUAAGAAUUUUCUUUACAAAAAAAAUUGGUAAAAACUUUAUUUCCAAAACUAAAAAUGUAAUUCCAGCUGCGACAAUGAACCAGGAAAGUACCUGAACCUCAACGAAACUAACGAACACGCUCGAAAACAUCACAAGCACAGAAGACAUCGUAGUGUAGAUGAACUGAACAAUUCUACUGUAGUAACUGAUGGUAGUGACAAAGAAGAGCCUACUAAUACAGAAGCCAGUGAAAGCGAGGAGGAUCACGGUAGACGGCAUCACAAACAAAGGGAGCAUCAUAAAGCCGCUUUCCACGCUUUUAUUCAACAAAACUUUGGCAGGAGUGGUAAGGACUGGCGUUUUUAUAGUGGGCAGGAUAGCGUAGGAUGAGGUAAGGUGGGUAAAGCAGGGUAGGGUAUGGUAAGAUAAGGUAAGGUAGGACAGAAUAGGGUAUGGUAGGGUAAAGUUUAGUAGGGUGAAGUAGAGUGAUGUAAGGUAUUCGUAUAAUAACAUGACCUAUUUUUAGGUAAGAACUUUGCAAAAUGCAUGAACACAUGCUCUCAUCGCUUUCAAAAAGUGAAUUGUGCACGUAAACUAAAGUAAGUUGACCAAAAUACAAAAAAAUAUUUUUUACUUUAAUAUAAAUUUUUUUUAAAAAUAUGGAUUUUUGAAUAUUAAUUAAAAUUAUUGAAAAAAGCGUUCUUUUAGAUGUGGAACAAAAAAACUGCCCAAAGAAGAAUGGAAAGAAGUAACCUCAACGUGUGAUAAGAAGAAGGUUCCAAAACGAUACGAAACUUGCGACUGUUUGGCCAAAGCUGGAGUCAAGUAAGCAUAAUGCAUCUUUAUUCUCUCUUAUGCCCAGUGUCAAGCGGGGACUUUUGGUCUGGGGCGGGGUUCGAAUCGGCACAGGUAAUUUACUUGUGCCGAUUUUUUGCAAAAAAUUUUUUCGGAAAAUGCACAGGGGGGGGUCCACGUUCAUUCAACUUUUUUAACAAUUUUUUGCGGGGGGGGGGUUCUCUUCGUUCACCCCUCCUCCCCCUCCCAGCGCCCGGCCUUGCUUAUGCUUUAAACAAAUCAGCUUUACGCUAGCUUUAUUUUUAUACAUACUGAAGAGGUUCUAUGCUUUAGCAGGAUUCAGCAUUUUUAUUGAGCUGUAGGGUAGAGUAAAGUAGGCUUGGGCAUUCUAUCUUGUUUUACAGAACUGUGAAGAAGGGUAGAGUAUCCUAGCUUUUCCUAUUGAACUCUAAGGCAGGGUAUUUUACUUUGCCAUAUUAUGAUUUAGUGUAAGGUAUGCAAACUUGCUUUUUAGAGCUGUAAGGAAGCGUAGGGGAUGCUGUAUUAGCUUAUUGAGCUGAAGAGUAAAGUAGAGUAUUUUACCUUGCUUAAUGAUCCUUUAGGGCAGGGUGGAAUAUCGUAGUUGACCUCUUUGAAUUUUAAGGUAAUAUAAACAAGCUUGUCUUAUUAAACAAUAGGGUAGGGUGGGCUAUUCUAAUUUGUUUUGUCGAGUUGUAGGAUAGGAGAGAGUACUUUACCUUGUCUUAUUGAACCUUUGCUUAUUUUCUUGAUUUCAGGAACCUGGACUGUACAUUCGGAGGAAAACGUGAAAAAGACGAACAAAGAGCUGUUGAAGAAUAA